AUGUAGAAAGAUUUAAAUCAUAAUAUUAUUUAAUUUAGUCAUAUCUAAUUAAGGAUUAAAUAAUAUUAGAAUAUGCACUAUAAGCAAACUAUUUAAUCUCUAUUAAUAAAAAGAUUUCAAAUUAAUAUAGUAAAAAUUAUCUUUCCCUCUUAAUUGAGAAAAGAUCUAAGUAUUGAUUAGAAAGUUUUUUAGGCUAAGAAUCUUAACUAUUCUUUGUUUCUAAUUUAGAGCUGAAGUUUUAGAAACUUUCUUUGAAAGUUAUCACUCAACUUUAAAUAGAGAUAUAUAUUUAAACUUUAAAUAAUAUUUUUAAGAUAUUGAAAAAAUAAAAAAUUGAAUUAUUUUAAAAAAAUGGCAAAAUACUAUGUUUAUUAAUUUUCAAAUAUAGGUAAAUUAAUUUGAUUUCAAUGUAAGGUACAUUCAAAGCCAAAUCAAUUAUUCCAAAAGAAAAUAAAAAAUCUUUUCAUAUUGUAAAUGGAUUUGAUUCGAAUUUUUUAUAAUUAGAAUUAACAGAUUAAAUUUAAAUGAAAUAUUUUCAAGUCUCAAAGUUUUGA